CAGUUCAAGCCAGAAUUAGUUUGGGCAUCUCACAACGACUAGCGCUUGCGGCAUACACGGUUGUCAGGGGCAACGACUAGCAGCUUCUAUGGCAGGUGUCCGUCCGCCUGCAGCGAAAUGGUGCAUAUAACAUGUCAAGACUAGAAGACUGAGAAGAAUCUAACAGUUGACCAAAGUUGGACAGAAACACAUCUAUCUUGGCCGCCACCUCUUCCGAACGGUUUGUUCUUCGUCCAGUGUUCCUAAUCAGGCGAGACAUUUCCAGAAUUUUCCAGCAGGUAGAACAAACAGGAAAGGCGGGGAUGAGAGAAUCAUAACCUAUGAGGUGUGAGGAUAUAAAGUCUUGAAAUCACCUUGCAGAAUCUAUAAAGUAAAAUAAUGCCAAGGAGUAAAGACAACAAAGUGAUUAACUGAUCUGACAACGAAAUAUUUGGAUCAAGUACUUCAAAAAAAAAAAAAAAGAGACUCAAGGUUAAACUUUAAUCUUCCUUUGGUGAUUGUAAUAAAACUUGCUUACUCACAAGUAGGACUAGAGUUUCUGAAGAUCAUGAAGGACAUAAAAUGGGUCAAUUCCGUUUACUGAAAGCCUCAGUUAUUGUAAAGAGGCAGGCAACAUUUACAUAUAGUUAUACAUAAAUGCUACUGAUGUGAUCGUAGAAUCAGAAAAACCUUAAGACUAAGGUUAUAGUAUCUGAAAAUAAAAGCAACCAAUAAUCGAGACUCUUAAAGUAUAAUUAACUUUAACAUGGUGUUUCUCUUAGUCACAGCAGACUGCACGUGAUGGUCAACAGAAGUCGUUAAUAUUGACGAAUGACGGAAGACUAGCUGUCUGAUUGUCACUCGUGUCUUCGAGCCUAUGUUAAAGAAAGAGUAGAACAUUGAGCUUGUAACUUCUCCACAAUAACUCUCUUUCAUAGCAUAUUAGCCGUCAGCCACUAUCCCCUACAAAAUGAAAGCAUUUCAGUGUCGUAUUCGAUAAAUCAUUCCGGUUUUUGCGGUACGUGUAAGGCUUUAAGUUACCGCACCCACUGAAAUGCUUGGCGAUAAAUUGGGCAGCUACGCGAUGAUCAGCUUGGGAACGUACAGUCUGGCCACAAUUUUUGUUCAUAAUGUCUUGACAUAUACUUGUGAACUUGUGCUUAUACCUAAUACGAUCAAGCAGCGUGGUCCUUAAUAAUAAAGGAAACGUUCGUGUACAAAUUUAUUGUCUGAAAACACCAGACGGUGUAACCCAAAAAUAAUAAUGAUAUAAUGCUCUUGGAAAAUGUGGGACAGUUCGGAUGUGAAUGAAUAAUUCGUGCAAUUUGGCUAACACUAUUGUUGUACGAAAUAAUAUUACUCAAGAAAGAAAAAAAUAAUAUUGUGAAAGUUUAAAGGCAUUAAAGUUCCAGAAACAAAGAGCCCUCUACCGAUAUAUUCAAUAUCUUGCCAUUUAAGUUGUGAAACUCUUAGCUCUUACUAAUUCUAUUACAUUUUUGUGUUAAAUCUUAUAUUCUGUUUUUCGUCUUUUUAACGCGGCUCUUUAAACCUGAAACAUCACAGUGCUCUACAAUAAAUCAAAGUUUAAUAAUUCUUGUUUCUUUCUGUCUGUGGAAAGCUAAACCUUUAUGUUUCAUUUGCUAACAAUAUCGUUACAUUGUAACCUUUUCAUUCUAUUAUUUAUACUUAAUUCACUCUUUUCUGAUUUAAUAUAAAAUAUUUCACUUCCUUUCUUCAAACUAAUCCAAUAUUCUCCCUCUUGAAUUACUUUAGAUUUAUUAUUAUUUACUUUCAAGUUAUCUUUUUCAAGUUUAUUUUUAACCUUCAGCAUGUAUUCUAGGCAUUUGUCAAUUAGAUUUCAUUCAUAUUUAUUACUUCCUCUUGUUUUAUGUUUAAUUUAUUUACAAGUAUUUACGAAAGUCGCCUGAGCUUGUUACCAUCUUCUCUGUCCUUGUGUCUUGUUACUUAUUCGAGGGUUUGUCACCACCACCACCAGCUCGAUGUUCCUCCACAGAGCGAUGAGGUAUUACAGGCUCUGGAUCUACUCCUGUAACCUGGCCUUACUCUUCAGUGUCCUAAUCUUCGUAUCUCUGGCGGCCUGGAUUUUUUCCGACCACCACAUGGCUCUUUUUCCCUAUAUUCGUUUCCACCAGCCCACUCUAGUAUAUGCUUAUUUUGCCCUUGCUUUACAAGGUGGCAUUCUACAAGCAAUUGGUUGCUGGGGGGCGGUGCGAAUGAAUGAGCGACUUCUAAACGUCUACUGGUCAAUUAUGCUAGCUCUCCUCGUUGGUGAUGUCAUCAUGGGCAUUGUUUGGAUCUUUCAUUAUAAUCACAUAACAGCCAACUUACGAAGUGACCUAAAGUCGAGACUUCAAGUUGAUUAUGGAAGAGAGUUGCAGUUCCAGAUCUUAUGGGAUAGAAUUCAGGAGGAUGCUCAAUGUUGUGGUGUCGAUGGUCCAAGAGACUACAACCACACUUUUUGGCUCCGCCAACAACGAGAGAACUUUCCUAAGUACCACCAGAUGGUGCCACUGAGCUGUUGUCGCUUUAGGUUCGCAGCCCAUGUAUGGGAAAGCGCAUUUCUGAACCACACGUGUGUUGAGAGUUAUCUUGAGAGUGAGGUUUAUCAAGAAGGUUGUUACACCGAAGUACAAAAAUGGCUUCAACAAAGCGCAGAUUUAUUAUGUGUACUUGGAUUUUGUGUAAUCACGUUUUUAAAAGUUUGUUUUCUUGGCAUUCUUCGGUAUGAGAUACGAGAAAUGAUUCAAAAAAUCAGGAUUCUUCAAGAGCUGGAUGAACCUUCAUCAAUACUUGGAUUGAACCUCCAAUAUAUCAGACCGUCUAUUCAAAGUGAUACCUUUUCAAGGGACAUUUCGCAGAGUCACGUUGGAAAUCACUUAGUUUCAAACAACCACAUCCCCCAUGAACCAUUUUCGAAAGAGAGUUUAAGAAGUAUAAAUGGAAACAACAACGAAAGUGAGCAUUGGGACUACAAAAAAACUAGUGCUGUUUAGUCUUCAAUGUGCUUAACAUACACAAAAUCUGGUUCAGUGUAUUUCUUGUUCAGUGUUCGAGAGUAGUUUUAAAGCAUUUUUAACUCUGCUUUUCGUUUUAGCCUUAUGAUAAAGUCUAACUUAGUCAUCAAAGUAAUGUAUACAAAUAAAACAUUUCUUGUUACAUUAACAUCGUGUUUCAUUAGAAUCAAGUUACUAAAGCUUCUAUGUAAGAAGGGGAAGAGUGAGUGUCAAAGCUAGUGCCAUCUAUCAAUACAUAUGAAAUAAACGAUAUUUUCUUUAUUUUUUUGAUGGAAAUGUUUUAAACAUUUGACAAUCCUUAAUUAUUCUAUGUGUUAUUUUCUGUUUGUUUAGAUACGAAUACAUAACAGCUGAGUAACGAAGUCUUAUUGCGUUAUAUAUAUUCUUGAGUUCGUCUAUAUGGCGCUAAUUAAGAUGUACUGAAGGUAGCUGUGCCUUUAAAGACCAUAACUAACUAAGAAGUGGUAACGACUCGUAUUUUGUUGGUUGAUGCUGUUUAUGUAUACCUCUUUUUAUGUUUUACAUUAUUGUCUUCAUUGAAAGACCUGUAGUUAAAACUGAUUUAUGCAGAUCUAUUUUACCUUUGACAUCAUUUUGAAAAGCAGAUACACUUUCUGCUAAAACAAUUAUUUAAAUACUAAAGUUAGUGUUGUUAUUGUUAGUGUGAAUUUUAGGUUAACUUAUACAUUGGUAAAUUACUUAUUAAACUCGUUAUUAGCAAUUGAAUAGGUAAGUAGAAAUGUUGUUUAGCAUUGGCCUAGUUCUUUAUAUUACGAAAUAUUGUAAAGAACCACAAUCACCGACACAAAUUUCCUCUAUCUUUCUUCCCUCGGUGCAAUCAUAGAAUUUAGUUAACUUAAUCGAUUUCAUAUUUCAUAGAUAUACAAAAGGGGCAUAAUCACACUGAGGAAAUGAACAAUACGUGACAGUGAAAAACCAAAUCAAAGUAAAAGACACAGACUCGCCAUUCUGUUUGUUCUAGACAUGUUAACCUUGUGAACUACAAUGGCAUAAACUUAUUUUUUGUUUAUAAAAAAUACUUAACUCUGUCAAAAGGUUUCUAUACAUUUACAAGAGCUAAUAAUAUUCCAGUUUCGAAUAAAUAUUUUUAAUUAUUAAAAAAAUUAGAUUAAAACUUUAUAUUUUGAAUAUAUUAAAAUAAUAGUUAGAGGUUCACUUAGUUACCCCCCAAAGGCAAAACGGUUAUUUUCUUAGGCUAGAAUGUUAGCAAGAUAAAAAAGAAGUGAAAAAAUUAUGAACGUACCUGAUCACUGAUAUAAUAUUACAUAAUAGUUUCGUAUGUAAACAAAAUCUACAUAGUAUCGAAAAGUCGUGACAGGUAAUAAAAUAACCAACUAGACUGACACCGUCUUAAAGGAGGAGACAUGAUGAACACAUAAUCUGUAAAUAAUAAAUAUUCUGGGGAUAUAAUGGCAAACACAAACAAACAUCGCAGUCAACAGAGAGCAUUAGCUUUUCCUCCAAGAGGAGACAAGGCGUUUCCUGGCAAAUUAAAAUGUUAAAACUGGUAAUAUAGCAUCUAAAAUUUAUAUUAAUAUUGUGUUAUAUAUACAUAGAUUAUUUAAUAGUGACACGAGGUUAUUAUAAGAAGUGGAAAAUAACAUACAAGUAGCUUGUUUGCUCAAUAAACAACUAUAAUACCGAAACAAAUGUCUAAAGACACGGCAGCCUGUUACAAUAGUAAUUAUACAUAAUAAUAACAAUACGAUAUCCAACGAAAAGUUACGAAGAAGAGAUCAAACAGACUGGAGUAAAGCCAGUUAAGCAAAUGCUCAUUAUAGUGUAAUUGUGUUUAGAGGGGGAGCGUGACUUUAUAUGAAUGCAUGAACUGGAAACAAAACACAGUUUAUAUGCCCCCCCCCCCCAAUGGCACAGCGGUGAGCCUGAAGACUUAUAACGCUAAAAACCGGGUUCGAUACCGGUGGUGGGAGCACAGAUAGCCCAUUAUAUAGC